AUGACUUUUGCACAGUUAGUAGUAGUAGUAGUAUUAAUAGCUACUAUAUUAAUAGUCUUCGAGAUCCCCACUCAGAACCGCUUCGCCCCCCUUCGCGAGACGGACCGCGACACCGUGAUCAUUGGAGACUCCAUCGUCCGCCACGUCCGUGCUACUGUGUCGAAAGGUAAGGCUCGGACUCACUGCUUGCCUGGUGCUCGUGUUCUUGAUGUCGCUGUACAGGUACCUAAGGUCGUGAGCAGAAACACCGGAGCUGUGGUUCUUCAUGCUGGCUCGAACGACACCAGCCUGAGGCAGUCGGAGAUCCUGAAGAGGGACUUCAACACCCUGGUGGAGACGGUUCGCACCACAGCGCCCAUGGCAAGGAUCAUUGUGUCCGGACCGCUUCCAACAUACCAGCGAGGAAUUGAAAGGUUCAGUAGACUUUUUGCUUUAAAUGAAUGGCUUCAGUCAUGGUGUCAGACUCAGAAUCUACUCUUUAUUGAUAACUGGAAUGUUUUCUGGGAGCGUCCUAGGCUGUUCCGUGCUGACGGCCUGCACCCCAGCAGAGUUGGAGCUGAUAUCCUCUCAGACCAUAUCUCCAGGUCGCUGCACACCUUCUGACUGAUCUCUGCAUGAUGAUCUUUGAGGAUCUUUUGGUCUACCUCACUUUGUCAGUAACUUUGUCAGUCACUUUGUCAGCCAUUUCUAAAGCUUUGGGACUCCAACAAUCCACAGUGAGAGCCAUUAUCCACAAAUGGCAAAAACGUGAAACAGUGGUGAACCUUCCCAGGAGUAGCCGGCCGUCAAAAAUUACCCAAAGAGCGCAGCAACAUCUCAUCCAAAAUGUCACAAAAGACCCCCAUAAAUACCUUACUUGCCUCAGUUAAGGUCAGUGUUCAUAAUUCCAUCGUAAUAAAGAGACUGGGCAAAAAUGGCCUGCAUUUCAAGACGAAAACCGCUGCUAAGCAAAAAGAACAUAAAGGCUCAUCUCAGUUUUGCUAGAAAGCAUAUUGAUGAUCCCCAAGACUUUUGGGAAAAUACCCCGUGGACUGACAAGACCAAAGUUUAACUUUUUGGAAGGUGUGUGUCCCAUUACAUCUGGCAUAAAAGUAAAACUGCAUUACAGAAAAAGAAUGUCAUGCCAACAGUAAUAUAUGGUGGUGGUAGUCUGAUGGUCUGAGGCUGUUUUGCUGCUUCAGGACCUGGAAAACUUGCUGUGAUAAAUGGAACCAUGAAUUCUGCUGUCUACCAAAAAAUCCUGAAGAACAAUGUGUGGCCAUCUGUUCGUGACCUCAAGCUGAAGCAAGCAGGACAAUGAUCCAAAACAUACCAGCAAGUCCACCUCUGAAUGGCUGAAGAAAAACAAAAUGAAGACUUUUGAGUGGCCUAGUCAAAGUUCUGACCUGAAUCCUAUUGAGAUCCUGUGGCAUGACCUUAAAAAAGGUGGUUCAUCUCGAAAACCCUCGAAUGAGGCUGAAUUACAACAAUAAUGCAAAGAUGAGUGGACCAAAAUUCCUCCACAGCGCUGUAACAGACUCAUUGCAAGUUAUAGCAAAUGCUUGAUUGCAGUUCUUGCUGUCAAGGGUGGCCCAAGCAGUUAUUAGGUUUAGGGGGCAAACACUUUUUCACACAGGGCCAUGUAGGGUUUUUUCCCUUAAUAAUAAAAGAAAAGGUUGCAAACACUUUUUCACAACACUGUAAAUGAAUGAGAAUGUAUUUUUUUCCUAUGACUAUAAUGUAUUUUCUUUUUCCUAUGACUAUAGACAUUGUGUCAUUAUAUGAUGAAAUUUAUCUUAAAACAACAAUUGUACAAUUGUUCAAUGUGGGAUCUAGUUUUAUUUUUAAUUUCAAGUACAUCUUCUACAACAUGAAAUGAACAUGUGUGUGAAUGUGAACAGGAUGUGUAAAUAGUUAAUAUAAAAUAUAGUUAAUAUAAAAUAUUUCUACUUAGGUAGAAUAUUUCUACUUAGGUAGAAAUAUUUAACUCUCCUCAAAAAGAUCCAACCCCAAAG